GCAGUGUUUGACAAGGAACAUCACUUUCAUCACAUGAGGUCGUCGGCAAUCAAAUCCCAGGUGUGUUUUAGUGUGUGUGUAUAUAUAUGCAGAGAGCUGCCCAUCAAAUCCCUACCAAAAUCCACAUCCUGAAAUCUCAAACAAAAAACACACCAAGAACAACAAUCAUGGUCAUGGACUACCAUUUCUUAGUCUUUUCUAGCCUAGCGGCUAUCAUCUACGGCGCCCUGCGAGUUUCCUAUUCCAUUUGGUGGAAGCCCAAGUCCCUGGAGAGGAAGUUGAAGCAGCAGGGAAUCACAGGGACUUCCUACAAACCGCUGCUCGGGGAUAUGAAGGACUUCAUCAAGCACAUAACCGAAUCAUGGUCCAAACCCAUCAAUCUGAACCAUCAGAUUGCAGGCCGGGUCGACCCAUUUACGCUGAACAUCGUCCAGAAGUAUGGAAAUGUGGCUAUGUUCUGGUUUGGGAAAACACCAAAGGUGAUCAUCAAAGACCCAGAGCUGAUACAAGAGGUGCUCUCCAACAAGCUUGGCCAUUUCGGGAAGCCGCCUUUGAACCCACUUAUCCUCAUCCUUGCCAGAGGGUUGACGGUUCUGGAAGGUGAGAAAUGGGCUAAACACAGGAAGAUCAUCAAUCCUGCUUUCCACCUUGAGAAGCUCAAGGGUAUGUUGCCUGCAUUUGGGCUCAGUUGCAGCAACAUGAUAGCACAAUGGAACGAAAUGGUUGGUCCUCAGGGAACUUGUGAAGUGGAUGCCUGGCCUGAGCUUCAGAAGCUCACCAUGGAUGCUAUCUCAAGGGCUGCAUUUGGUAGCAGCUAUGAACAAGGGAAGAAGAUCUUUCAGCUUCAGAAAGAACUGAUUUUGCUGGUUAUGGAAGCCAUGCAGACCUUGUACAUUCCUGGGUUCAGGUUUUUGCCAACCAAGAAGAAUCUGAGGAGGAAAACACUGGACAGAGAGAUAACGUCAACGCUGAGAGGUAUAAUUGAGGAAAAGCAGAACGCCAUGAGAGCUGGGGAAUCAAGAACAGAUGACUUGCUGGGGCUUCUCUUGCAGUCAAAUGAACACAACAACCAAUCAGAAAGCACGAGUAGCAAGAAAGGUGACCAUGGUUUGACAAUAGAAGAGGUUAUAGAGGAAUGUAAGGUAUUCUAUGUGGCAGGUCAAGAGACAACCUCAAGCUUUGCUAACAUGGACGAUGAUAGUUCUAGCUAUGCACCCAGACUGGCAAGAAAAAGCAAGACAGGAAGUUAUGCAAGUUUGUGGGAAGGAUGAAGAACCGACUUUUGAAGCCCUGACCCACCUCAAGAUUGUGACAAUGAUACUAAAUGAAGUACUAAGGCUAUAUCCAUCAGCAAUUGCUCUCUACCAACAUACUUACAGAGAGACAAAGAUCGGAAACCUGUCACUGCCAGCAGGGGUUGAUGUAACUCUGCCCAUACUGCUCAUUCAUCACGAUACUCAGCUUUGGGGGAACGAUGCAGAUGAAUUCAAACCAGAAAGAUUCUCUGAAGGAGUUGCAAAGGCAUCAUCUAAACAUCGACUGGCCUUCUUUCCUUUCGGCUGGGGGCCAAGGACCUGUAUAGGCCAACAGUUUGCCAUAUUAGAAGCUAAGAUGGCUCUGGCUAUGAUUCUACACAAUUUCUCGUUUAAGCUCUCACCUUCUUAUGCACAUGCCCCCAAUACUGUUAUGUUGCUUCAACCACAGCAUGGAGCUCAACUGAUCCUCCACAAACUCUAAGGAUUCCAGAGUUGCUGGUGCAAUCUUCUCCUGUAUGGACUUCAAUAUAUAAUAAUAAUAAUAAU